UUGGGGAAUUGUGAUCUUGCACCCUUUUCGGCCAGAUUUAAGUGAAUUUUCUCCGAUUUUAAGUUCAAAUCUAGCCCGGAAAUGCUUUCCUCGGGUUCGGCCGCCAUCGGCGUUAGUGCGUUGGCCUCCACGGCCUACGGAAACGAGCGUACGGAAGUGGCCGAGUAUGCCAACGAGGGUGGCUUUUUUCAUGCCGAUUACAAAAAACAUGAUGACUUGAAACAGAUGCUGGAUAGCAAUAAGGACAGCUUGAAGCUGGAGGCGAUGAAACGGAUCAUCGGGAUGAUCGCAAAGGGCCGGGAUGCAUCGGACCUAUUCCCGGCCGUUGUGAAGAAUGUGGUGUCGAAGAACAUCGAAGUGAAAAAGCUGGUGUACGUGUAUCUCGUACGGUACGCCGAGGAACAGCAGGAUCUGGCGCUGCUAUCAAUUUCCACCUUCCAGCGAGCGCUAAAGGAUCCGAAUCAGCUGAUUCGGGCCAGUGCACUUCGCGUACUGUCCAGCAUCCGAGUGUCUAUGAUUGUACCGAUCGUGAUGCUAGCAAUCCGUGAUUCCGCCUCGGACAUGAGCCCGUAUGUUCGUAAAACUGCGGCUCAUGCGAUUCCAAAGCUGUACCAUCUCGAUCCGGAACAGAAGGAGGAACUGAUGGUCGUGAUCGAGAAGCUGUUGGCCGACCGUACCACGCUCGUGGUGGGUUCAGCAGUGAUGGCCUUUGAAGAAGUGUGUCCAGAACGAACGGAACUGAUCCACAAGAACUACCGGAAGCUGUGCAAUCUGCUGGCCGACGUGGACGAGUGGGGUCAGGUGCUGAUCAUCAACAUGCUGACUCGCUACGCUAGAACACAAUUUCUCGACCCAAAUGCAGAGGACGAUUAUGAUUACGAUGAGGAGGAGAAUAAACCGUUCUACGAGGAGGACUCUAAUUCCGAUGGUUCUGGCGGUGACAAAGGCCGCAAGAGUAGUUCGAACGUUUCUCCGCGCAAAACCUACACGCUCGAUAUCGACCAUCGGAUGCUGUUGCGCCAAACAAAACCACUGCUACAGAGCCGUAACGCUUCGGUGGUGAUGGCAGUCGCUCAGCUCUAUCAUCACGUUGCUCCGCGAACCGAGGUUGAGAUCGUUGCCAAGGCACUGAUACGCCUGCUACGAAGUUACAAAGAAGUGCAAAGUGUGGUGCUGACGUGCAUCGCUUCGAUGUCAAUCGAACGGAAAUCGAUCUUCGAACCGUUCUUGAAGUCGUUCUUUGUGCGUACCAGCGAUCAGACGCAUAUUAAGCUGUUGAAGUUGGAAAUAAUGACGAAUCUGGCGACGGCUACCAGUAUUUCGGUGAUUCUGAGAGAGUUCCAGACGUACAUCAGCAGCAACGAUAAAGACUUUGUGGCCUCGACAAUACAAGCGAUUGGGCGAUGUGCGGUGUCCAUCUCGGAAGUGACUGAAACCUGUCUGAGCGGUUUGGUGCAUCUUCUCUCAAACAAGGAUGAAUAUGUAGUGGCAGAGAGUGUGGUCGUGAUUAAAAAGCUGCUGCAAACGCAGAAGGAGGAACAUUUCGAGAUCAUCUCCCAGAUGGCCAAGCUGCUUGACUUCAUCCAGGUACCAGCGGCCCGUGCCUCAAUUCUUUGGCUGAUUGGGGAGUACAACGAAAAAGUACCGAAAAUAGCGCCGGACGUGCUGCGCAAGCUCGUCAAAACGUUUAUCGACGAGGAGGACAUUGUGAAACUGCAGGUGUUGAACCUGGCGGUUAAGCUGCAUCUCACAAAUCCCACCCAGACGGCACUACUUUGCCAGCAUCUGCAUAAUCUGGCCCGGUACGAUCCGAACUAUGAUAUACGUGAUCGUGCGCGGUUCCUGAAACCUUUCCUUCUGGCUAACGGCACCAACGGCGCAGGUCAGUCGGUUCUGCAAGAAGCGGGCAGAAGAAUAUUCCUAGCCGAGAAGCCGGCACCGACACUCGAGAGCAAGUAUCAUGGUCGGCGCCAGUAUCAACUCGGAUCGCUGUCUCACUACCUUAACAUGCCCACGACCGGGUAUCAGGAUUUACCGGCUUGGCCGACCGUUGCACCGGAUAGUUCGGUGCGCCAUGUGGAACAACCGGCAGCUGUCGGAUCUGGCGCUGGCAGUGAUUAUCCGGGAGGCGAUAGAGGAGGUGACAGCCGUACAGGUAGCGGAAAUGCUGCAUCCGGUGGAGGCACUGAUCGUCGUAAAAAGAAAACUAAAUCAUUCUACUCGGGAUCGGAGGACAAAAGCAGCACUACGACCGAGGGUGCUUCAUCGGCAGGAUCGUCGUCGGAUUCGGAAUCCAGCUCGGGCUCUGGAUCGUCCUCGGGAUCGUCUUCUUCCGGAUCGGGCUCAUCGAGUGGUUCGAGCGAAAGCGGAAGUGACGAUAGUAGCGGUGGUGAAUCGUCGGCCGCCUCCGAGGAUGAGGAACAGCUGGGCAUGGACGGAGCAUCCUCGAAGCGCUCGAACGCAAAGAGCAAACAUCGAAACGAUGAAGAUCGGUUCUCGAAAACGGCCUACAACGAGGUCGAAGGAAUAAGCCAAUCGAAACAGGAAAGCUCCACGGAGGAUAGCGAGGAAGAUAGUAGCAGCGAUAGCUACGACUCUUCCACUUCCGGUUCAGCGUCUUCCGCAUCAUCUUCUGGAAAGAAGAAGCCUUCCAAGGUGUCGGCCGUCUCUUCCACUAACAAGCAACAACCGGACACAAAGAAAGGACGCGAGGUGAAGCCGAAAGCAUCAUCAACGGAGCAAGCACCAGGAGCAGCUGGGGCACCCCCGGCCAAAAGCAAUCUCGAUCUUCUGCUCGACCUCGAUGAUAUUCCACCGAUCGGUCCCGUAAUGACGCCUUCGAUGGGUGGCUUCCUCACACCGAUGGCGGCCCCCGGUGGUGGUCUCGUAGGAAUGGGGGCAUCGGUCGAGCUAGUGGGGCCCAGUUUCAUUCCGUCCAAGAAGCGUGAGUUGCUGAACAAAGUGAACGGGUUUGGGCUCGGUAUCGAGUAUCGGUUCGUUCGUGCACCACAUUUGUACUCCUCCCGUAUGGUUUCCGUCGAGUUGGUCUUCACCAACUACGGCAACGUGGAGCUGGUGGACAUUGAGGUGGGCAAAAAGGCGAACCUGCCGGUGGGAGUAGCGGUGAAUGAUUUCGCACCCAUCAGUCGACUGAAUCCCGGUCAAUCGGUCGUGGGAAUGCUGGGAGUUGACUUUAACGAUUCCACCCAACCGAUCGCGUUCGAGAUCCGGUCGGGCAGUGGUACGAGCCAGGUGACGCUUAAGGCACCGGUCGGGGAGAUGGUACGAUCAGUCGCCAUCUCGGAGGCAACGUUCGAUGCAGAGAGAGGCAAAUUGCGUGGUAUGACCGAACAUUCCUGUAGUCUAGAGCUAAACGAGUCGCUUUCGCCGACGGACAAAAGCCUUCAGAAGGCCGUGUUUGAGGCCAGCAACGUUGCAAGCGUGGCUUUGAGCGGUGCGGAGGAGGGGCCGACCGAACGGUAUCUGUUUGCCGGGCAAACGAUGAGCUCGAAAAGUCUGGUGCUGAUUGUGCUGGAGCGGAAAAAUGGAUCCACCGGUGCUGCUGACUACCAUCUAACCGUUAACUGCGAGAAGCUGGUCGUGGGAUCGAUGCUUAUGAAUGAGCUAAAAGCCGUGCUAAAAAAGUAGGAGUGGAAUCCAAUAAGUAGCUAUCAAAAUGUCUAUGAGAAAUUAACGUAAUUUUAAAUGCGAAAUAAAUACUCCAACGCGUAACCGUUUAUGCAAAUCCGCA